CAGGAAGGAAAAAGACAAAACCAAAUCAAUCUGAAGAAGAGAGACAAAGGAGGAGAAUUUUUUUCGAAAAAAUGCCGUCGCCACCGACGACGACUUCGCUGUCGGUAACACAGACGAUAAACGGAUCACACAGCUUUACAAUCAAAGGGUACUCAUUGGCGAAAGGAAUCGGGAUCGGAAAACACAUCGCGAGCGAUACUUUCACCGUCGGGGGUUACCAGUGGGCAAUCUAUUUCUAUCCUGAUGGGAAGAAUCCUGAAGAUAAUUCGGCUUAUGUAUCUGUUUUUAUUGCUUUAGCUAGCGAUGGUACCGAUGUUAGGGCUCUCUUUGAGCUUUCUUUGCUUGAUCAGAGUGGUAAAGGGAAGCAUAAGGUUCAUAGCCACUUCGAUCGUGCUCUUGAGAGCGGUCCUUAUACUCUCAAGUAUCGUGGCAGCAUGUGGGGCUACAAGCGUUUCUUUAGAAGAGCUAUGCUGGAAACAUCUGAUUUUCUGAAGGAUGAUUGUUUGAAAAUUAAUUGCACCGUUGGAGUUGUGGUCUCAGAAAUAGACUGCCCACGGUUACAUUCUAUUCACGUCCCUGCAUCUGAUAUUGGAUCUCACUUCGGGAUGCUUCUGGAGAAUGAGGACGGUUCAGAUAUAACUUUUAAUGUCUCAGGUGAAAUGUUCCGCGCUCACAGGUUGGUAUUGGCUGCUCGAUCUCCUGUCUUUGAAAGCGAGUUCCUUGAUGUUGUUACUGGGGAAGAAGAUCGUGAUAUUGAAGUUACUGACAUGGAGCCUAAGGUUUUCAAGGCUUUGCUCCACUACAUAUACAAGGAUGCUAUAAUUGAAGACGCGGAGUCAUCAUCAUCUUCCGGUUCAUCUGUUGGUCCAUCUGCAUCAGACACAUUAGCUGCAAAGCUACUAGGAGCCGCUGAUAAAUACAAGUUGCCUAGACUAAGUUUAAUGUGCGAGUCAGUGCUCUGCAAGGAUAUAUCAGUAGAUUCCGUUGCUAAUAUUUUGGCGCUUGCUGACCGCUACAAUGCUUCCGCCUUGAAAUCCGUAUGUCUGAAAUUCGCAGCAGAAAAUCUCAACGCUGUUAUAAGGUCAGAUGGGUAUGACUAUCUAAAGGAACACUGCCCAUCACUUCAAUCAGAGCUUCUGAAAACAUUUGCGGGAUGUGAAGAGGAGUUGAGCGGAGGAGGGAAGACAAGGAGCGUAUGGGGGCAAUUCUCAGACGGUGGAGCUGACACAAAUGAGAGAAACGGAAGACAGCCACAGACUUGGGGAGAUAUCAAUGGAGGAGCAGAGAGAAGCCAGAGUGUUUGGGUUCAAGUUGUGAACUCUAAUGCAAGCGGCAGAAACAACAAUAAUGACAACAAUAACAGUGAUGACCCAAUGGCAGAAGAUUGAGCAAAAUAAAAGGGUAAUAAAAAGCCAAAGGAGUAAGCUGAAAGUAGGAUCAGAUAUAUCGCUGAGAUCUUGUAACUUCCCACAACCGAAAGCUGUGGAUCAUAGGAGACGGUUUAGUGUUGUUGUAUUACGUUUUUUCGUGUAAUAAUUGGAGUCACUUUUGAUAAACUAAACAACACUCGUCAUCAAUAUAAAUUUAGUAAGAUUGUUCUGUUUUC